AUGCUGAAAGCCAAGUUUAUUCUUAUUUUCGCUUCUUUAUGCUUCAUAGUAUUUAAAGCAUCUGCGAUUCCAGAUCCUAAAGAUGCCGCGCAUUUGAUAUAUACAACAGUGAAUGCCAAACUUCAUCAGGAAGACAAAAACCGCCAGUUUGCUUUCCUGUACUUACAACAAAGCGAUCAAGACGGCGUAUGGUUCACAAGUGAAGCGGUAAGACAAACACUUACUCAAAAAGAGGGAAUGUUGGGAAAACUAACAUAUGCGCCUCCUUGGCCGAGCCUCGACUUGCCAUCAAACAUGAGAAUCGCAGGUAUAAGUGCAAAUGCCCAGCCGGGUUCUAACGUUGGCCAUGCAGAACAGAAGAUGUUGGCGGAUUUUAAAACCAUGUACGAUGGUGUAUUCCCACUCGACACGUGUCCAGCAUAUAUAAUCCUUGCAACAAAAUUAUUCCCGUGUUAUCAGGUCGGAAAUCUCGGAUGUGGGAAAGACUUCAUCGAAACAACAAAGAGUCAAUUCAAUGCCUGCGCCAAGGGGGAAAAAAGAAAGCAGUUUCUGUAUCUCUACAUCGGUCAAAAUGCUGCCAACGACUGGAACAUACAAAAGAAAAAUUUUGCAGAAAAUGAAAUUCCAAUUAUAUAUGGACCAAAUUAG